CCAACACAAAAUAACACAUAAUUAAUUAUCCCUUCAAAGCACAGCCUUUGCCUUUGARUUUAGAAAUGGCAUUAUCCCCCAAGUUGGUGUUGGCCCUGUGCUUGCUGGGACUAAGCCUAAGGCUAGGUGACGCUUACAGCACCCCGCAGGAGUAUGUGGCCAUCCACAACGCCAUUCGCGCACAGUAUGGCGUUGGCCCAGUGACUUGGAACCAAACCUUGGCCGACUACGCUCAGAAUUACGCCAACUCUAAAUAUGCUACUUGUGAGAUGAAGCACUCCGGUGGACCCUAUGGGGAAAACUUGCUAGAGGCAUACGAGACGACGUCGGCCGAGUUGACGGUGAAGUUCUGGGCAAGUGAGAGCAAGUUCUACGACUACAACGCCAACAAGUGCGUCGGGGGCGAGUGUGGGCAUUUUAGGGCUGUGGUGUGGAGGGACACCAAACAAAUUGGUUGUGCAAUGCUCAAGUGCCAAAACAAUUGGGUUUUUGUCAUCUGUAGUUACUAUCCUGGAGGCAACAAUCCUGCCCUCCGUCCUUACUAAAUUCACUUCCCAUUUCCCAAUCCAAUUCUUUCAAAAACCCCAUUCUUUCAUUUGGCAGUUGAUCAACAAAUAAUAUAGUUUUGUUCUUAUUCUUAUCA